AUGGCGAGAAACACAGCGCUGGGGAUCGCCGGGGCUGCGGCAUUUGGUGGAGCCUGCUUUUUCUCCUAUAUCCUCUCGAAGAAGCCUCCGUCGAAAACCAGCUUUCCUUCGGGUACAACGCGGCUGCUUCUCUCGCAACACUCCCCUUUUUUUUCUCAGGAUCUCUUCAACUUCCUGGUCGAGCAAGAAAGGAAGGCGAUUUUCGACAAGAGUGCCCAUGCGUGGGACUGGGAGAUCGGGCUCGACGAGUUUCUUCUAGGAAUUCGUUCGUGGAGGAAAGAACUCGUCAAGCGCGCCUACGGAGACGUCCUGGAAGUCGCUGCAGGCACGGGCCGAAAUCUCCACUUUUACGACUCGGAGAAAGUCAAGCGUCUCGUGGUCACCGAUUUCAGCCGCCCCAUGCUCAGCAAGGCUCUGGAGAAGAAAGAUGCGCUCCAGGGGAUUCCAGUGGAAUUUAAAUUGCAAAACUCGGCUAAGCUGAAGUUCCCCGAUGAGAGCUUCGAUACCGUGGUCGACACAUUUGGCAUUUGUUCGUACGAGAAACCGCUUGAGACUCUCCAGGAGCUGAAGCGCGUGCUGAAAGAGGGCGGCGUUUUGCUCCUUCUGGAACACGGCGAAGGCACGUGGGUUUACUUCAACAAGAAAAUCGAGAGAAGUCUUCUCCGGCACGUGUGGAAGUUCGGCUGCUACUACAACCGCCCCAUUCGCCAGCUCGUCAGCGAGGCCGGUUUCGACAUUGUGCUCGAGAAGCGUCGCACUUUCGGCACGACCUACCUCAUUGUCGCCAAGAAACCUGCAGGCGAACACGUCCGGCAGUUUCCAGAGCGCGAAGGCAAAGAAUAG